AUGCUGCCCCGGUGGGAAGCAGCCCUGCUGAUCCUGAUCGCAGCAGUCCACCUUGGGGUUGUGAGGGCAGCCGUGCUGCCAGGCCGGGGCCUGCUUCAAGCCCAGGCCGGCGAGAUUCGGAUCGUGUCGGCGAACGCGAGCGGCGUGGUGGGCGCCUUUGACAACGUGACGACCGGCGGGAGGAUAGUGUUGGACGUGGAGAGGGUCGCAAUCAGCGGCGUGCUGACGAUCGCCGCGCCCAACGUUUCGGUGGUCGGCAACUCGUCAAGGGGGAACGGGACGGUGAUUGUCUGCGUCAGCGGCGGCGCCGGCAUCGAAAUCAGGGCCACAGGUGCCGUUCUUAGCAACUUCUCAAUCCAGAACUGCACCAGCACCGCCAUCAGGGUAGUGAAACCCGCUGGGAAUGGCACCACCCAGCUUGACGCGACGAUCAGGGACGUCCGCUUCUUCAACAACGAUGACAGGAACAGCAGCGGGUUUGGGCAAAGCGGCGGGGGCGGCCUGGGGGUGGUGGGCGCCAAUGUGACGGUCGAAGACUGCAUCUUCGCGAACAAUGGACGAAACAUAGGGGGAGGAAUAUCUGCGUUCGAUUCGAACCUCACCGUUCUUCGCAGCCAAUUUGUGGAAAACAGUGCCAGGCUGACAGGCGGGGCCAUCAGCAUCGAGUCAAGCCAAGCAGCACAGCAGUUGGUGGUGGAGGGUUGCAAUUUCACAAGAAAUAGGGACCCAGAGAGCCAGGGCCCCCUCCCCGGGGGCGUGAGCGUGUUCUCACCUGACUCCAGGCCCCUUGAGGUUUCCAACUUCAUAGUCUUCAGCGGACCUGGCAAGUCGGGUGGUGGGGCAAUUUUCGCGGAGCGGCUGCAAUCUGUGCAGAUCAGUGACUCGAAAUUUGUUUCAAAUUUUGCAUCCCCAGCUGGCGGGGCCCUCACGCUGCUGGACAACAACCAGGUGAAUGUCUCCAAGUGCGCAUUCGAGAACAAUGAAGCAAGGGAAGGUGCGCAGGAUACACAGGGGCUCGCCCAGGGCGGGGCAAUCUACCUGGCGGCCCCACAGGAUGAUGGUGUGAGCCUUUUCCUGAACAACGCGUUUGUGAACAAUACUGCGGGCUACGGCGGGGCCCUGCACACGAUCACAGCAGCAAAAGCUGCCCUGAGAGUGGAGGUUUGCAACCUGACAGGAAAUGUCGCGUGGCUGGGCGGGGGGGCAGGUGUGUUCAGAAACACCGAGAGCAUGGAGUUUGUCCAGUUGAAUGUUACUGCGAACAGGGCCAAGGUGGGCGGAGGAUUGAUCCUGGCAAAUGGGGCAGGUGUCUUCGCUGUUACAAACAUGACCUUCACUAAUAAUUUGGCGCUUGAUGGAGGUGCCCUGUUGCUGGUGGGUUCAGGCCAGGCAAACUUCCAGAGGUCCCUCUUUUCCCAAAACAAGGCAAGGGGAAAUGGCGGUGCUGUUGCUGCUGUGCAGUCCCUGGCCAGUGGCACAGUGAGUUUCCUCAAUGCUGAAUUCGUUUCAAAUCUGGCCAAAUUCGGCGGGGCCAUCCAUGUCGACAGCACUGCCAGAUUCAGGCUCAAUGGGGCAACCGACGACCAGACGACCUUUGUCAACAACACAGCCCUUGGUGGGGGUGCCAUCUAUGUGCAGCUUCGGCACCCUGUUGGGAGCAGUUUUGCCUUAUCUCGAGGAGAAUUUCGAAGCAAUCGUGCAUUAACCUCACCUGAGGAUGUUGGAUUUCUGGAGGUGAAGGUCCCAAGGCGGGACUCGGACCCUGACGAACCGGCUGAGGACGUAUCUGACCUGUUGGGCAGCAUUGACCCUGAGGCGGACAACCCCUGCACCCCUGGCGGUGGUGGCGCAAUUUGUUUGGCGCUGACCCGCAUAGCUGAGAGAGUGACCAUCACUGUUGACAUUGAGGAGUCCAACUUCAUUGAGAACAGUGCCUCCACCGGAGGUGCAGUGUUCAUUGGGACUACCCGGGAGGCCCAGUGGAGUGCUCCGAAGACUUGCGGCUCUGCACUUGGCGAUUCUGUUACCUUCACUGCCGCACCCUGCAGGGAGCUGGGCAUCCAAGACUUGCACUUCGAAAACAACACGGCAGAAAAUGGAGGCAACAACUUGUUUGCCACUGAUCCAGAUGAUGUCUGGAGUGCAGAGAAGGGCCGCCUGAGCAAGUUUUCUCAACUCUCGGCCAGUGCCACUGGCCAGAACAGCACAUCAGGGGAGAACCUGAUGGGUUCUGUUGCAUCAGCAGUGACCAGGCUGGACGUCUCUUCAGCCACCCUGGAGGAUGCGUACCUUGUGAGGGACCACCUUGCGGGCAUCCCCCUGCCCACUGUCAAUGUCACACUGCGGGAUGCCUUCGACCAGGUCAUCUUAGGGGGCAUCACAGACUCCGGGCUUGUGGUGACCGUGACAGGAGACUGCAAGGAUGGUGGGGACUGCGUGACUGGCCAACGCACUGUGACGGCCAGAGAUGGCAUUGCCAGCUUCGAUGGCAUCAACAUAGUCGCCCAGCCUGGCGACUACUCACUCAGCUUCAGUGCCAUUGGGGUGCCGCCCGUGGUGGCAAACUUCACCAUCCGGGAUUGCAGACCCGGUGAAGUGAACAGCACCACAGGCGGCCUCAAUGUGUGCCAGAAUUGUAGUGCUGGCGAGUACAGCUUCAUCCCUCAGGUGGAUUGCAGGAAAUGCGAGUCGCGGGCGAUUUGCAGCGGCAUGGCAGCAUUGGUGCCCAAUGACGGCUACUGGCACUCCAGCCCCUUUUCCAUACAGCUCCACCAGUGCCUGUUUGAGGAUGCGUGCAAAUUUGAGAUCCUCACUCCUGAUGGCACUGGAAACACUACGACGAGGAGAGAGAUUUUGACUGAAUUCUAUUCCAAUUUGGAGCUGAAGGAAGUCGAAGCAGCCAGAGAGGAGAUGUACAACAAUGCAGAGUACCAGCAAUGCAGACAGGGGUACCAAGGUGUCCUGUGCGCCUCCUGUGAGUCUGGAUAUGGCCAUCUUCCUGGAGGGGAGUGCUCAAAGUGCGAUGAAAAUCGGAAGGUGACUGUGGUCUAUAUUUUGCUCAUCUUCCUGUGGAGUCUGGUCCUGCUGGCACUGGCUGUUCGGAGUGCCCUGUCGAGCAUCAAGAACAUUGCUGAAGCCCACGAGUGGAGCAGGGUAUCAUUCAAGAAGAGACCUGCAGUGAAUGUGAACAGCAAUGGAGCUGGCUGCAAAGACCCCUCGACAAUGCCAUGCCCUGAAGCCAUGGAUGCCCUUUCCAAUGGGGGCUCCAAAUCGGAGAUAGCACCAGAGGGAAGCUCCUCGGAACGCAACUGUGCAGACCCCACAAAAGAGUCAGGCAAGCCCAGACGAUCGAUUGUGAGCAGCAUCACCGCCCAGCGACCGGCCUUGCCUGCAGGGCUCUCAGAGCCCGCACCUGGCAGCCAACAAGUGUCGAUCGACCACAUCACAGCUGCGGAGAAGAUAUCUGAGACCCUGAAGAUCGCCACGAACUUCCUCCAAGUGACCGGUGUCGCUGUCUCCAUCAACGUGGACUGGACGGCAACGGUGAAGAAGCUGCUUGGCGUGUGGGACACCCUCGUGGCCUUCUCCAACAGCUCCUCCCUGUUCGCGAUGGACUGCGCUCUGAGCGAGGACAGCGCUGUGGCCCGACCCAUCCGGGGCACCAUCUUCCGCGUCUUCUUUCCCUUCCUCCUCUUCGUGGUGGUCUCCGUUUUCUUCUUCCUCAUGCACGUGCACAACCGCAGGAAGGGCAUUGACGACCCCGGGUAUUUGAGCAGCCGAAUUACCAUCAGCGCACUGGCCCUGGUGUUCUUCUCCUACCACAGCAUCACCGAGGAGUUGAUGCGCACGCUGAACUGCGUCUCGCUGGACGACCCGACAAGCGAGGAGCCAGCGUACAGCGACUUCGCGGUGGCGCGGGGUCGCUUUUGGGCGGAGGACACCUCCGAGCAGUGCUUCGAGUCGCACCACGGCCUGCUGGCCUUCGCGCUGGGCGUGCCCGGCCUGGCCCUCUUCUCCCUGGGCGCCCCCGUGGUCCUCCUGACCCUCCUGCUGCGCAGCCGCGCCCAGGGCCGCCUCACGGACAACCAGUUCCUCAACUCCUACGGCUUCGUGUACCAGAACUACACGGAGAGCCACGUGUACUGGGAGGUCAUCAUCCUCGUGCGCAAGGCGCUCAUAGGCGCCGUCGUCGUCUUCGGCUACGAGGCGGGGUCCAACUUGCAGGGGGUGAUGGCGCUGGGCAUACUCAUCGUCGCCCUGGUCAUGCACACCGUGUGCCUGCCGUACAAGUACGACGCCCUCAACCUGGUGGAGGGCCUCUCCCUGCUGGUCUCCAUACUGACCUUCUACUCGGGCGUGGUGUUCAACGACGAGAACACCUCCACUGCUGCGCGGCACCUGUUCACGGGCGUGGUCCUCCUGGCCAACCUGGUGGUCGUCGGCUGCUUCCUGUUCAUGCUGUUCCGGUAUCUCGACGUCUUCGUGACGGCGCGGCUGUGGCGGGAGGGGAUCCAGCCGCCGGGGAGCAUGCCCUGGCGGCUGGCCCGAUUUGCGGGCCACGUGCUGGGCAGGACGGUCCUGGUGCAGCGCGUGGGCGCCAGCCUGGCGUGGCUUGCCUGUGGGGGGGGAAGGAGGAAGCGGCAGCAGGCCGAGUUGCCAAUGGCAAAUCUGCCGUACCGAGUCUGA